GUCCUGUCCUCUCACAGUGUUUGUACACAUUGCGAGUGCUAGCUAUCCGCGCAAUCUCUCCUACUUUCUUCCUCAGUUUCUCGCGCCCUCAGUGCCUUCCGGAUUUCCGAGUUCGCUCGUUCCUCUCUCGUCCGUUCAACCUCUGCCCAAGUUCGCGAAAUGGAAAAGUCCUCGACUGACUGCUACCAGCUUCCCAGCGCCUGCCAGGCCGGCAAACCCACCGCCGCCUCGGCCAGCCAUUCCUGCGGGAACGCCAGGACCAGGAAUUCCAGUUCCGCCUGCCAGACCGUCGCCGCUGCCCUUAUCUGCAUCGUGGCCUUCAGCCUCAUCGCCAUCCCUGUCGAAAGUGCACUCCUCCUCAGAAGGAUCAACCGGGCCAUAUCAGCCGAUACCACAGUCGCUACCGACACAAAACCGGCAGUGAAAGAGUGUCUUCACAGCACACCUUGCGGAUGGGCAGUCUACACUCCUUUCACUAGGAGGACGGAUUACUACAUGAAAAACACGUGCGAAUGCCCAAAAGACAAGAAAUGCCAACAAACUGAUGACAACCUAUCAGCAAGUGCCUAUGUCUACAGGUGCCGGAUACCUGAACCUCGGAGUAAUAGUACGGAUCUGGAGGUGGAAGUCUAGACAAGCCUAAAUCUUUGGUGGUGAAUAAGAAUUCAGACUUAAAUCCAUACCCAAUGUUUAACCACAUUUACUAAGUAAAGUGGUUGACUUGUUGGAUCCACAGAUUAAUGUGAGCAAGUGCAUUAUCUGUGUAAUCUUCUAUUUAUUUCGUAGAAUUGAAGAGAUAAUUUUGUUUAAUUCAUCUCUCAUGCAGGCCCUCAUCCGACAGCGAGGAGCAAGUGAGUCCUGAUGAAAAAUAAGUUCCUUUACCUAGAUACAGAGUAAAAAUAAUUUAUUGUUAGUUUAGAUUAGUUUAGGAAAUUGUAUGACUAAAUUAUGCAUGGCAGAUUAUUAAUUUUGGUAGACUAAUUUUUUUUCUAUUUUUGACACAUUUAGUAAUAAUUUAGCUACAGUUAUUUAAUACUUAAUUUAUUUCUAGCAAAUAUCAGGUUUUUUUUAUGUAAGUAUGGUCAUUUUCUACGGUAGGUACUCCAAAGAGCGCACCCACGCAUUUUUUACGCCACCUUUUAACUUCCUACCUACUUGAUAUUCCAUUUCCUAGAUUAGAUAGGUAGGUCCUUUGUUGCUAAUAACGCUUUGAAGGCAUUGUGCAGUAAAAUUUUAUCCCAUUUCAUUUUUCACAUUCAAAUUAUCUUCAGUGGUAUUUUUAAUUGCAAGCUAUUUUCUUCUUCAUCUGGAAGUUGAAUAAGGUAUGAGCCAAUGAAACUGAUUGAAACAUGCACCCACAGAAUUUCCUUUCUGUCCUCAUAUAAUUCUAAACUCUGAUUGAUAAAGUUACUGUCUCGUUAAUAAACAGUUUCCCGGUGAAAUACAUUGACUGAUUUACAGGCAUUGAUGAAAAGUGCUAGUAAUAAGCUUUUCACUGAAAUGAAUUUGCAUGCAAAAAUGAUGUAGGUAAUUCAUGACAAAUUUUGGUAGUAUUAAUUUAAAGGCUAACAUAAGUUGCUUUGAAAAAGAAAAAAAAAAAAAAAACCAUGACUCUGUUUAUUGUACAAUUUAUCACACACCAUUACAUUCUGCAGUGAAGUGGUGCACUGGCCAUUUGAAUAUUAUUGGUACUUAAAGCAAUACUCUGAGAAUCGGAUGCAGCUCUCUUACUUACACCUUCGGAUUACUUUUUGCAGUAAGGUAUUACUAUUUCUGACUCAUUUUCAAAACAACACGAGUGCUGUAAGUUUCCCUAUGAAAGUACCUAGGUGCUUUUAUGGAUGAACCAGAAAUACUGAGUAUUUUCUUACAGCAAAAUGUAGUCCAUUUCGGCAUUAUUAUUUAUUUUUCCUCUAAUUUGAGCGUAAACUAAAAGUCACAAACCUAAAUUAUUAUUACCUUAACCAACUGCUGCUGCAGAUGGAUUCUCGACUUUUUUUUCCAGUUAACAUGGAAGUGUUGAUAUCUAAAAAAUUGAGGGAAAUUAGCAACAAAAACCAAAAACAGGGAAAAACAGCAUUUCAAAAUCAGACUAUUGCUUUAGUUUAAGUUCGCAACUAUGUUUUUUACUUUUAUAUCUAGUCACUUUAAAUUAGCUUUGAAAAAAUCUCUAGCACUAAAAACCAGUACUGUCUUUAGCAUGGAAAGUGAUCUCUUCCUAACUUUUCUCCAGUUGAAGUGAAAGAAGAGACAGAGGCAAAACAAGCCCUUGGGCGACUUCAUGCUAUUUACGAAACAGUUCAGUUUUUAAAAAUUGAAUAACCUUCAUUGGGGAAGUAAAUUUUAUCUUUGACUUCAUCAGUUCACUAUUGAGUCGUUAAAAUUUUUCUGGUAAGAAGCCCACGAUAACCAGCAAAUUACCUGCAAAGUUUUGUAAAUGCGAUUUAAAGCUAGAGCUUGGAUUUGUAUUUGUUUUUUUCAACUUUCAACACAAACUUUAUUUGUAUUUUUACUGGUUGCUUAGUUCCAUCUGUUGUUUGAUUUUUUGUUAUGGGAUGAAUUUCAUACUUUUACAUUUAGUUGAAUACUUUGUACACUCUUAAAACAUAUUUAUUAUGAAUCUUUGGGAUUCAAAACACAAAUUAAAUUGUGAAGUGAAGCUCAACAAAUCAAUUAAUCGCACCGUUAAAGAAUAUUUAAGGCCGAAAAAUUAUCCAAACUAUUAGUUUCCCAAGGAAACUCUAAAGCUAUAAAACAGAAUGAUUUUGCUCAAAUAACAUUGAGACAUAAUUUAAACAUAAUGCAUGGAUUGCAACCGACUAUUCUACCAUAAAUAAAAGCCACCGAAUGCUGUUGAAUGGGAAGAGGAUUUUACUGAAGAAGAGAUUCAUGUUCUCACACUUGUAACAGAAAAAUAAGAAUAAGAAGAAAAAGACGCCCCCACCCCCUGAUUUUAUUUCUAGUGCGUUUUUUUGAUUAUUAAAAUGUGCUCUUCUAACACUUAUGCAUCACUCAGUUGAUAAUUAAAUAUUUGCACAGAUCCGUUAAAUUGACAAAAACUAAGAAGUUUCUAAAAUUUUCAAGAUUUAAUAGGUAAUGGAGGUGAGAUUUUGUUACAUGACUGAGUUGUUUUUCUAAAUUAUCUCAUUUGGCUCUUAUUUUCCUUGGAGAAAUUAAACAUACUUGAAAUAAAACAAAGAAUUAAAACUUCCAAAUAUGAAAACUAGAGGAAAAUUAAAACCAUUCAUUAUUCAUAUCUUGAUAUCGAUGGUCAAAGUGCAAAACCACUUAAUUAGCCAACUUCGCAGUUUGAAAUUUAUACAGAAUAUUCUGCCAGCAGAGUAAAAUAUCAAGGAAGUUUUCCAGAAAUUACGUUGACUAGUUUUCAAGAGAAAAAAUAAAGUAUGAUAGGAGGUCUGCAACGUCUUAAACGGAGGUAUGUGGUUCCCCACUUUGGCCAUCAAUAUGCAAUGUAUCAAAAUAUGCAAUACCCUACUGCUUAUUUGGUAAUGAUAAUGAUGGCAUGAAUCAUUUUCUAAUCCCCACUUUUUUUGUACUUGUACUUAUUUUGACUGAGAAACACUUAAUAUUAUUAUUAGUAAGUAGUAGCAUUUCAAAUUUAGUUCAUUUCAGGAGUACUUAAAUCACUUCUGUAAGAACACCAGAGAUUCUAUUGGCAUUUGUAUUCUGGGAAAGUUUUAAAAUUUAAUGACAAGUUCUACUUGAAGGUGCAUAAUUUUGAAAAGGAAAGAGAUCCACAAGAUCAUUUGUAUAUACACACACAUAGAUUUUAGAAAGAUUUAUUAUAGUUUUAGUAUUUUACACCACCGAGGUUGUUUAGACACCAUCUAGCUGAUAGUAUCAUAUCUUAAGAAGUAUUUGAAACAAUUCUAAUUUAUUUGUUUUUACCCAAAAAAUAUAAUUUUUGGAACAUACCUAAUUUUUAAUAAUUUAUUGUUUUGUUUCUUCCUAUCAUUUCUUUUUCUGUUCCAAUAAAUAUCACAUUUUGUUGAAAACGAA